GUCGCUACGGCAGUCUUCUCCACGCAGUGUGUGCAGCCUGCCUAGACCGUUGGCGCACCGUCUGUAACCUCCAAAUUGAUACUUGCACAAACUUUGCAUGACCGGCCGUGAAAGCGCAUCACUGUUUCGGUGUUGCCGUUUACCGUUGGUACGCAAGAGCGACUAAAAGAGUGAAGACAUUUUCGGGAGUGGAUUGAAAAACGUUAUCAUCAUGCGAGCGGUCAACCUUGAUACCUACAGCCUGUCGCUGCUCACCGCCAAAGAGGACAUUCUCAACCCCCGCUCAUCCACCAACUGGGCUCUCUUCACCUACGAUGGGGUCUCCAACAACCUUAAAUUGACUGACUCUGGAGCUGGAGGUGUGUUGGAGCUGGCAGGGAAGUUCCACAUUGCCAAGCCCCAGUACGGGGUCUGCAGGGUGGCUGCAGUGGAGCCAGAAGGCCCCCCCCGUAUCGCUAUGAUCUCCUGGGUAAGGGGACCCACACUGCAUCAGCCCCUCCCCCAUGUUAAAGAAAGUCUCCCUGAUGAACUGAGAGGGAGCCGGACUGGUUGCCGCUGGUCGGGAGUUCUCUCCAUGUCGUGGCUAAUAAACCACGAACAAAGUGAAAAUAUUAAUUGUUGUUUACUCUGCUGCGACACUGUCACACAACCCCCUAUGGCAUUUUGGUUCACUCUCUCUCUCUGUCUCUCUCUAUCUCUCUCUGUCUCUCUGUCUCUCUCUCUCUCUCUCUCUCUCUCUCUCUCUCUCUCUCUCUCUCUCUCUCUCUCUUUCUGUCUCUCUCUCUGUCUCUCUCUCUCUCUCUGUCUCUCUCUCUGUCUCUCUCUCUGUUUCUGUUUCUCUCUCUCUCCUUCUCUCUCUCAGGAAGCUCAUGUGUUCAUCAGUGCUGAGAGACCAGAGGAUGUGACAGAGGAGGUGAUUGGUGCGGAGCUGAGUAAGGUCCGCCCCCCAGAGGAUCGCCUCAGAAGGAGUUCUCGGUCCGUGGACAAGGAGGAGACAGUGGGUACUAACUACAGGAAGACCAAUGCUGCCAUGGAGAUGAGAAGGAUAAACAGAGAUUCUUUCUGGGCUCGGGCAGAGCGCGAGGAGGAGGCGAGGAAGGACGAGGAGAAGACGCGCGCCGCGGAGGACAGGCGGCGCCUGGAGCGAGAGAGAGUGCUGAAGGAGCGGAGGGAGGCAGAGGAGCGCGAGAGGAAGAUGAACGAGAAGUUGCAGAAGAUCGAGGAGCAGAGAAGGAGGCAGGCUCUGCUUGAGGAAGAGAUGCACAGGAAGGAAAAAUCUAAAUGGGCGCAGGAACAGAGGGAGCACGAGGACGAAAUGAGGGCUCGCCUCAGACGCAGCGAAUCCAUCGAGAAAGCGGCCGAGGCGGCGGUGCUGGUGUCCCAGCGCUCCAUGAACCCCAGGGAGUUCUUCAGACAGCUGUCCUCGUCCUCCUCACAGGGCCCCUCCAGCCCCGGGUCACCCCGCACAGUCAAACCUCCCUUCAGGCGGUACCAGAGGAGCCUGACCGACACAGCCUUCAUCUUCGGGAAGUCUGACGCCUCCACCCCCACCUCCCCCCGCAGCCCCAGGGAGUUGGUCUCUCCCUUCUCGCGGGCCCCUCCCUCCCCCCUCCUCCGCCCCUCGUCUCCUCCCAGCCCCCGAUUCCGUCCAAUCGCCUCUCCCCAGUGGGCCCGUGGCCCUGUGGUGUCCCCCCCCGCAUCUCCGCUCCGCUCCGCCCCCCCGGCCUCGUCCCUGCCCACCCUCCCCUCGAGCGGGCCCUGCGCUCCGCCCCCCGCCCAGCCCACUGCCCCCCCGGCCUCUCCGGGCUUCUUAGCCUCAGUCUCCCCCAGCACCCUCCCACACAGCCAGGCCCAGGCCAAGGCCCUGCCACCCUCUCCUCCAGCCACCCCACCCCAACCCCAGCCAGAGUUCUCCCCCUAUCCCCCCGACUCCCUGGAGCCCGCCGCAGUCCCUCAGCCUCCCUCUGCCCCUCGCCCAGAGAGUCCUGGGCAGCCCACAGAGCGGUACGUUGCCACACGCGUACACGCUGAGCAGGAGCAGAACGCCGCCGUCAUAGCGAAGGCCGUGCUAGUGGAGGAGGAGGAGGAGGAGAAGGAAGAGGAGGAGAAACCAGAGCCUAUAUGUAGCGUCGCAGAACCAAGCCCACAUCUUGAGGAGGAGGAGGAGGGCCCAGGCCAGGAUACAGACACCAUAUCAGCUCCAGAACCAACCGCAUUGGCUGAGGAGGGAGGAGAGCCCAACGAUGACAGACAGAAGAGCGACCAAUCGGAUAUUGCCCAGGUCCCAGCUGAGCCAAUCCUAGUGGAGCUUUCAGAGGAGGAGGAGGAGCCACCUAACACAGAUUUAGAGGACCUACUCCAGCAGAUUACACAAGAGACUGUGGCCCUCCCAUCAACCAAUGGGAUCAGAGAGAGAGAGUUCGAGGAGAUUGUGGAACUCAAUGGUACAGAAGGAUCUCUGAGUCCGUCCACAGACCUGAGCAGCCCGGAGCUGGCCGUCUGUUACAACCUGCACAGCGGCCUUGAGGAGGACUCUGGGGCAGAGAACGACGAGUUUUCAGAGAACGGAACAGAGGUUUCACCAGAAAGGCAGAUGUGUGUGAGAGCUCUUUAUGACUAUCAAGCAGAGGACGAGUCGGAGAUCUCCUUUGAACCUGGUGACAUCAUCAGUGCUGUGGAGACCGUGGACAAGGCUUGGUGGAGAGGAUACAGCAAAGAUGGACAACAGGGACUGUUCCCUGCCAACUACGUAGAAACCAUUUAGACACACACACACACACACACACACACACAUUCACUAGAGACUGCUCCCUGCCAACUAUGUGGAGACCAUAUAGAUACACCUCCACACACACACACACACACAUAUAUAAAUACACACACACUCCCCAGUGGCUUUUCCCAGCCAAGUACAGAGAGACCAUCUAGACACACACACACACUCAGGGACUGAGCACUCUGUCUCCAAACACAGGUUUGUGUAGGAAGCCAGAGUUCCUGUUGGACUUAGCAGGCUGAGACUAGACUACCGGUAGUUACACACACACACACACACACACACACACACACACCUGCUACUAAAGACUAACCUGUCAUCUAAUGCUGCCCAGGAUAGCCUUACAGAGAAAAGAGAGAGAGAGAGAUGGAUGGAGAAAGAGCUAGAUGGAGAGAGAAAAAUAGAGGGAGAGAGAGAAAGGAGGAUGGAGAAGGGAUAGAGAAGUAGAUAGAAGGAAAUAGAAAGAGAGGGAAAAGUAAAGUGAGAGAGAGCAAGGAAAAGACAGAGAGAGAGCAACAUAGUGAGUGAGUAAGAGAAGUAGAGAGAGAGAGGGAGACAGAGAUGUGGAAAGAGAUAGAUUGGAAGGGAGAGAACUAGAGAGAAAGAGAGGGAGAGAGAGCAAUAGAGAGAUGGAGAGAGACAAAUUGGAUGGAGAUAGAGAGGAGGGAGAGAGAGGUGGAGACAGGGAUUUAUAUUGAGAGAGCAAGGGAGAGAGAUAUGGUCCAAUAAAGAGCCUUAACUUUACUUACUUAUUUUAUUCGCACAUCAUUUGAAAUGCAAUAUAUCUGGGACCCGGUAGUCCACAACCCUGAAUCCUUUAUUGGCUGUAUUGAAACCUUAUGAAACAUACAUUUAAAGCACGAGAAUGUUACAUAACAGAUUUAUUGUGAAAUUGAAUUCGAUCUUCAAGUAAAUGGCUUUUAUUUUUGGCUUUGUUUGUUUUAUGUAUUAUUAAGCUGCAAGGUGUUAUUUUGUCCCGUCUUAACGCUUUUUCUAAAUCAGAUGCUCACUUUUGACAUAAUGUUAUCUUGACAUAUAUAUAGAGUAUGUACUCAUUGUAAAUCCAACAUUCCUUAUGGAGGUUCAAAAAGUCUUAAUACUCUGCACUUGUACAUAAGAAUGUAUAGCAACAGCCACGUGGUUUUUAUACGCCAUAUUCCUGGUGUGUAUGGUUUAAAUUCUGUGUAUUUGCAUUUACUCUACACUUUAAAAAAAAUAUAUAUACCAUUUCCAAACCCCUUGUUUUCUUUCGUCCUGGGAUUGAACCUAGGUUCUGUGUCUUUGGAACAGUCAGGAGGAGUCACUAGACGGCAAUGCCAGCUACUUAGAGUGAACACUACACGACCAUGUGCCCAAAGCAGCUCUGUAAAAUCAUUAGGUUUGAUGCUGCAGUUUGUAACUCUGUCUCAUAAACACUUUGACUGCUGACAAAUGUUUGUUUUUUGUA